CAUUUCCUCUGCUCCGACAGAAGCCACGCCCCUUCCUAUCCCCAAUAGCGGGAGAUUUAGUCAUGGAUGCCUCUGAGGUCGAGUUCUUGGCUGAGAAGGAGCAAGUGACUGUCAUCCCCAACUUUAGUCUGGACAAGGUCUAUCUCAUUGGGGGUGACUUGGGCCCCUUUAAUCCUAGUUUACCUGUUGAGGUUCCUCUGUGGUUGGCCAUCAACCUGAAACAAAGGCAGAAAUGUCGAAUUGUCCCUCCAGAGUGGAUGGAUGUUGAGAAACUAGAGGCUAUCAGAGACCAAGAACGCAGAGAGGAGACAUUUACUCCAAUGCCAAGUCCCUAUUAUAUGGAACUUACUAAACUAUUGUUAAAUCAUGCUGCAGACAAUAUCCCUAAAGCAGAUGAGAUUCGUACACUUGUAAAAGACACCUGGGAUACAAGAAUAGCAAAACUGAGGCUCUCUGCUGACAGCUUUGUGAAGGGGCAGGAAGCUCAUGCCAAGCUGGAUAACCUGACGCUAAUGGAAAUUAACACCAUUGGAACAUUUUUUACUGAGUCUUUAAACCACAUGUACAAGCUACGUACCAGCCUGCAGAACCCAGAGGAAGGACAGUCACAGGAUUACUAAGCAAUUGUCUGCAAUUAUCUGUCUGCUGAGAACACACAAGACAUUUAGGAGCUCUGUGCCAAACUUUCUGCUUUUGGCAUGAAUAAAUAUCCCAUGUGCCGGUGGCUACAAAUACAAAGACUUUUGGAGACUCUAUCUAUACUUUCAGAAAGACAUUCCUAUAGUGCACUCCAGAAGCAUUGGCAGGUGAAUUGGACAUGUGCUGCAGUAUCAGCAAGUCUGUUCUCAAAUAAAUUAGUCUGAGCGGUUUCAGUACAACACAGUAACAAGCCUAUUUCUGUUAUCCUCUGAUACCCAUAAUGUACUACUUAAAGGAGAACACCACCCAAAAACAGUUUUGGAAAUAUUGAAAGAAAAAGUAAUUCUGUGCAACUUUCCAAUAUACACAAAUACAAAAUUUUUAGUGGUUUUUCAGUUAUCUAAAAAUAUGAAUACUACUGAAA